AUGGGUGCUGCCAAGUUUCAACCUUCUAUUACAAUGACCCGCGUUGCCAUAUCUACCGGAACAGCCACCCCGUGCUCUCCAGAAGUCCAGGCCCUCGCAUCCGGAAUCAAUUCAAAUAUUGCAGACCAGCGUAAGGAGCAGGCAGCCGUAAAAGCUGUGGGGAAAGUCCUUCAGGAAUCACCCCUCAAUUCCUCAAUGUUUGACGCAGCAAAGUCCUCACUUUUGAAGUUUGUUAAGAAAGGAAUUGCAAUUCGAGAAAACAACCAAAAGAUAGCUCCGACAGGAAAUGCGGCAAUACCUGGUUUGGCUACUGUCGCGACGGCGCAGCAGGAAGAGUUUAAUCUAACCAUGAGCUUGACGGCAUGCGAUGUCGCCGGAAGCAAUGCAACGGUUGUAAAAUUGAAGAAAGAUUUUGCAGGUGGGAUUGUGCAGAAUAUGAAGAAUUUGGCGUCGGCCACUAAAAAUUGCAAGAUGCCCAGCCCUACAGCAUAG